GGUAUUAUUUCACAAUACAUAAAUAACCGCGACAUAAGGACGCUGGCGUUAUCUCGGAUCAACACACGUUCAGUCGCUUCACCGCGAACAUCAUCGAAAACGAGCACGUAACCAGUCUAAAAACAGUUCACCACAAAUCGCAUACCAACGUCGAAGGAGAGAGGGAACUGAAAGUUUUGCGCUCUUUGUGAUUCACCACUUCGUCACCGAGCGCGCUACUAUUUUAGCGUCCGUCAACAAUGACGUCAACGGGGCGCCAAGACGUUGAAAAAUUUCGGGGAAACAUUAACGACGCUUUUAAUUAAUCCUCGUCAAUGAUACUUCACACGGACGAUCGUUUCCUCGUGGUUCUGUACACCCACAGACUCGCGGUACAAAAGGAACGGUGCAACUGAAUUUCAGGAUCAUGGAGGAUUCGGGAAAACCCUGAACGAAUGUCAGAGUUCGUUGAACGUCGGUGCAGGACUUGGAAUUCGUCCGACCGCUGCAGUCGAGUGGCGCAGCUCGAGCAGUGCACGCGUUACGAAUAUAAGUGCAUCUUCCCGAUCUUCAUUCGGUGAUCACACCGAUCAAUUUCGUGAUUAUUUCAACGGUGAAUUAAACAGCGAUGGGCAAACUAUCGCCCUCCUUACCGCGGUUAUCCGCGCUUCUGAUCGCAACGCUUUACUUCGAUUUUUGCUCAGCGGAUAAUCCGGUCUUCCAGGACCACGGAUACUACGAGGGAAACCGAUGCGAUUUGGAAAACGGUCAGGGCGAAGGAGUGUGCGUGAAACUAACGGACUGUUCGUCCAGGAUGCAAGAGAUCAAGGACGGGAGGUACAGCGGGGCCGACCGCUGCGGUUUUGCCAAUUUCGAGGAAAUAGUCUGCUGCGCGGAGCGCUCCAGGUCCGCGAGAAAUUCGGGGGCUGCGGGUCCGACGAAGAGGGCCGCGGCAGCCGCCUGCGAGAACUACAAGAAAACGUUCGCCGAAAUCGAAGGGAACUCGCUGCUCUACGAGGGGGUAAAAUGGCGACACGUAGAAUAUCCCCAUAUGGUGGCCCUCGGGUACCCGGGGUCCGGGGGGGCCCAGGAGAAGCGGGAGGCGUUGGGAGGAAUGAGAUACAUUUGCGCCGGAGCCUUGAUUUCCCAGAAACACGUUCUGACCGCAGCCCACUGCGUCAGCAACGUUCGAGAACUGGUUCCCGUCGAGGCGAUUCUGGGCGCCACGUUAUACUCCGCCAUUCCUCUGCACCCGAAAUCAACGCAGCGAAUUCCAAUUUCCCGGAUCGUCGGUCAUCCCGGGUACAACCGGAGCUCCGAUCGCAACGACAUCGCGGUAUUGGAGCUCCGGGAUCUCGCCGUUUUCUCGAACCACGUUCGCCCCACCUGUCUGACCGCGGAGCCCCUCGAAAAACGAAAAUUAGGGAGCCGCCGUUCCCUCACCGCCCUGGGAUGGGGGGUCCCCGAUCCCGAGGACGCGGGCUCCUCGAGACUCAUCGUGGCCGGAGGCCUCGACGUCGUGGAGAGGAAGAGCUGCUCCAAGAUCUACGAGAAUUCCACAGCGAAUGGAUUUGACGACGGCGUGAUCUGCGCUGCCGAUCCGGUGAGGUGCGACGCUCUUCGGCGGAGCGACGGAGGUCCUCUCCUCGCCUCGGAGGGGCCGUUUUCGCCCGUCGUCGGGGUCGCGUCCUCGGGACAAUUUUGCGACGGAGGCAGAAGCUUUCCGGGAGUCUACGUUUCGGUUUACGAGCACCUCGGGUGGAUCGAGGAGCGGGUCUGGCCGGAGUCCAGUAAUUGAUCGUCGAUCGCUUCAUUUUCCUCGUCAUCGCAGAGAAGACGAAGGUCGUAGACGACGCGUCGGAGAACAAUGAGGAAAGAAUAUAAUUUAAUCGGUAGAAAGUCGCGUUAAUAUCAUCAGUCUAUAUACGUCAUUGUUGUGAAUAUCGCGUAUGUAUAACAUCGGAAUCAGGUUUUCGUUGGAACGUGUUCGUGCGCUGUAAAUGUAACUUCUCUUG